AUGUCUUUCUUCGGUUUCGAUGCGACGCGCCACAACAAUGCGGCCCCGGGCUUUUCUCAAGCCCACGACCCCUUCGCCGGCUUUGUGACCAACUUUGACGAAAGUGGGCGAUGCCUUUCAACGACGAUUCCCUUUGGGCGGAGGGCUUUGAGGGACAGCGGUCCCAACAACAGGGGGGGUGCGCCCUCCGUUUGGCAAGGAUUUCGACUUUUUUUUGGUCAAAUUGCCAAGUGCCGGAUGCCAUUGAGUAGGAACAAUUCCUUUUUCAGUCGUCAAGGCCUGGAACCUCGAGAACCUCAGGCGCCGGAAAAUAAAUUCGUCUGCCAUUGCUUCCUGGUAUCUACUACUCUAGCCAGCCCAGUCAAUCUUACGGCACCCCCUGCCCGAACUGGCUACGAGAAAUAUCGCGAAGCUGAGCCAAUUCCCGAUCUUCAUGUCGAUGCCUCGCUUUGGGGAAUGCCCGCCAAGAAGUUCGCGCCCACGCCCUCGCCACAGCCGGCGUACCAGCCCUCUUCCGUCCCAGCAUCUGGACGGAAGGUCAUGAGCCUGGAGGAGGUUGAGAAGGCGAUGCGCGAGCAAACAACAGUGCCUGGACAGCACGCUGGUGUCGAAAAUGUUCACCACCCGCAACACUAUGCUGCCGAUCACAGCGACUUCUACGGACACCCUGAACAUGCUCAACACCAGUAUUCGUACUCUGCAGCCGAACAGCAGCGUGCUACCCAUUCUCCUGCCCACCCCGGCCAUAGCCACCCUGUUACCAUCCUCCAGCGCCCUCAGUCAAAGCAGCCUACCCCUAGCGCCCCGAGCCCGCAAGCUCGGCAGCAACAGCAGCAGCCCCCGCCUGUCCACCCGACCCAGAUUCUCCAGAACCCGAAUCGACUUUCUGGCUCAGACCAAGCGCAAGCCCAGGCCCAGCAGCAGCACUUGGCUCACUUGUCUGAAGAGGAGAAGGCAGCAUUCCUCGACCAAGAGACGAAGCGAGCCAAACGUAACCACAAGAUCUGGCUCCUGUCUAAGGAUAAUGGUCUCAUGACGCCGCAGGACAAGAAUUUCAUCACUCGUAUUCAGCUACAGCAGCUUGUAUCCGCCACUGGAAACCCCACGGAUGUUGCGAACGAGGGUGCCCUAGCUGAGGACUUUUAUUACCAGGUUCUCAGCCAGAUCCGCGGUGGGCAACGUCAGAACCCCAACCAGCCCUUGAACAACUUUGCGCAAACCUAUCUCUUCCAGACUGGCAGCCGCCAAGGUGCGAUGCGUCGACAGGGUCGUGCCGCUGAGAACCAUGUGCAGCGAAUGGAGCAACAGGUGCAGCGGGCUGUUGAAGCGGCAAAGAACAAGCCCAAGAACCCUCAGUUGGUCAUCGCUGGCAGCCUUGGCAAAAUCUCCUUUAGCAACUCUAAGACGCCGAAGCCUCUCCUAAACAUCAAGCGAACGGAGAGCUCGGGUGAGACUCAGAAGCCGAGCAACGCAAAGCGCGCCCUCGGCGGCGGCGCCCUCGACCAGCAGGCUCAAGCUCUCAACGCCAAGCUCUGGAGCGAACUCAAGGUGCAUGAGCCUAUUCGUGAGGGGACUGUCCACCCAUUUAUCGCGUUCCUGUCUUUCCCCAAGGGCAAGAAGGUUUUCUCCCGCGUCUUCCGUCACAUUAGCUUCGAGCAGCGGACGACCAUCCUUACCAUGAUCAUCUUCCACCUGGACUCUCUGGACGUCGUCCACGGUGCGCAGCUCACCCACGGCGAGAAGAACCUCAGUGCCCAGAAGCGCGAGGAUAUCGAGCUCUUCUCUCUCGCCGUCAUGCCCAGCCUGUUUGCAUACUUCAACGACACUCAGAUCGACAUUGUCACAGAUGUCCUCAGCAUCAUCACCUCCAAGCUGAAUGUCGACAGCAUCGCGAAGACUCGCGUUGGAACCUCAAUGCUCACCCUUGUGCUGAGCCGCGCCGAACUGUUGAAGCAGGCUGGUGGAGGUAAUCCUCAGGCAUGGAACGAAUGGGAUCAAGUAUUCGGCAGCUUCUUCAACGUCAUUGAGCCGACUCUUCCUCACAUGUUCCCCGGUAAUGUCAAUGCUGGCGAGGAUGUCAUAGUGUGGCAGCUUCUUGCGGCCAUGGGCGUCAGCGCCAACCCCGAGCAGCAGCAGCGUCUGGUGCUUGCCGUGAAGGAUCGAGUCCUCAGUACCGUUGAGCACGCAAAGACGCUUCCCGGUGCCAUGGCCUCUCAACGUCUUGGGACCGUCAAUCUGUUCAUGCAUUCGAUUGGAUUGGAUGUUGAUCUCUUGCAGUAAGGUUAAGCUUAGACGUUAAGGCUUCGGCAGCUCGUAGCGGGAGUCUGCCACGAGCCGGGCCGCAGCGCCCAACGGCAUUGCCUUGCCAGACUUGCUUCGUCCAGACCAUGCAAUCGGGUGCAUCAGGUCUUUGGACGGCAGGUGCCGUUGACUUCGAAUCAACAGUAGCAGGCUAGCAUGAAGGCGGCAUGCGGUGACAGGGAGUCGUGUGUAGAAUGGGAAAGGGGGUAGCUUUUGCGGCAGCACAUCCCAAAGACCUUGUACAUUACACGAUCACCAGUCGCACCUUGCGUGUAUGAGAGUAGCACAAUGCUACCUCGCCGCUUAUAGUUUUUUUUAGUCGAUAGUUCAGCAAAUUUCGCAAAUGCGCCUUGUUUCAUUUC